CCGCCCAGCCGGCUGCAGCUCGCAUCUCCAGCCCUGGCAUUUGCCCGAGAAGCCCCGCCGUCUUCUCCAGGAGGCUCUGGGGCUCUGUUGAGAAUCAUGCUCGGGAGGCAGCUCGUCUAUUGGCACCUGCUGGCUUUGCUUUUCCUCCCCUUUUGCCUCUGUCAAGAUGAAUACAUGGAGGUGAGCGGAAGAGCUAAUAAAGUAGUGGCGAGAAUAGUGCAAAGCCACCAGCAGACUGGCCGUAGCGGCUCCAGGAGGGAGAAAGUGAGAGAGCGGAGCCAUCCUAAAACUGGGACUGUGGAUAAUAACACUUCUACAGACCUAAAAUCCCUGAGACCAGAUGAGCUACCGCACCCCGAGGUAGAUGACCUAGCCCAGAUCACCCCAUUCUGGGGCCAGUCUCCACAAACCGGAGGACUGCCCCCAGACUGCAGCAAGUGUUGCCAUGGAGAGUACAGCUUCCGAGGCUACCAAGGUCCCCCAGGGCCCCCAGGGCCCCCUGGCAUUCCAGGAAACCAUGGAAACAAUGGCAAUAAUGGAGCCACUGGCCACGAAGGGGCCAAAGGUGAGAAAGGAGACAAAGGUGACCUGGGGCCGCGAGGGGAACGAGGGCAGCACGGUCCCAAAGGAGAAAAGGGCUACCCGGGGAUCCCUCCAGAACUGCAGAUUGCAUUCAUGGCUUCUCUGGCAACCCACUUCAGUAAUCAGAACAGUGGGAUUAUCUUCAGCAGUGUGGAGACCAACAUCGGAAAUUUCUUUGAUGUCAUGACUGGUAGAUUCGGAGCCCCAGUAUCAGGUGUAUAUUUCUUCACCUUCAGCAUGAUGAAACAUGAAGAUGUUGAAGAAGUGUAUGUGUACCUCAUGCACAAUGGCAAUACAGUCUUCAGCAUGUACAGCUAUGAAACAAAGGGGAAGUCGGAUACAUCCAGCAACCAUGCAGUCCUGAAGCUGGCUAAAGGGGAUGAGGUUUGGCUGAGAAUGGGCAAUGGCGCUCUUCAUGGGGACCACCAGCGCUUCUCUACCUUUGCAGGCUUCCUGCUCUUUGAAACCAAGUAAAUAUAUGAACAGACCAGCUCUACCUUUGGGAAGACUUAUGGCUGAGCUGGUUUUGUUAUGAUCUGAGGAACAUUAGAGUUGAGGGUUCUACUCAGGAGCUCAGAAGAAGAAUCCACAAAACGGUCUUCUCAAAUGACCUUGACUAAUGUUCUCAGUACCUUUGCUCUUCCCUAGGCAUCUAAAAAGGAAUUUGAUACAGGUUGGAAGUCAUUGUUCCCAUCAAAGAGGUCAUUUGCAAAGAUUUUGGCUGCUCUGUUUUUAAUUUAAUAGCAACUUUCAGGAUCCUGAGGUUUGGGGUUCAUCAUUCUUUAUAACAUUUCAGAGAACAGGGUGCAGUGAUUAAAAUGGGGCUGGGCAGGAACAAGAGCAUUUGCUAAGACCAAGUUACCAGAAACCUUUGUAAAGCCUAGACUGGGAAGCAACACUUUGAUCCAGUGGGUCAAUAUUUAUGAAUAAAUAUAGAUAUUUUUAGUAAUUCCAGAUAGCUUUUAGAUAAAAGGAAAAAAAGUAUUCACAAUGCCCAUAAAUAAUGGAUUCCUUCUUUAUUUUUUUUAUAAGAAUACUGCUGUAAUUAAAUCUUGACUUGUAAUGGCCUAUAUUUUUGGAUAUAGAAUUUUCUUGCAAUCCAAAAUUAGUUUUGUCAGAUCUGACUUAUUAUAUUGACUUUUUUCUGUUGUGUUUCUUAGAUUACAAUAGAUCUUUGACCCAGCCUGCAGAACCAGCAGAGGUGAGGUUACAUCCCUAUAUACAGAUAUAGUGAGCUUCUUUUCUCUCAGUUUAGAAAUUACCCCAAUAAACUUUACACACACUGACAUGUCAUUUGAAGGAGCUGUAACCUCAGUCAUUUUUUUAUUUUUUAUUUUUGUAAACUCAGUUAUAUUGAAACUAAUGGAUACAAAAUAUAAGGGCAUUCCAUUUUGAAGACAUAAAAUCUCUUAACUUUUUUAAAAAUACAAAAAUGAUAUGACUUUUUUGAUUACCAUAUUUAAGCAAUACUUAACAAAGUAGCUCUGCUCCUUUACUUUUGCCUAUCCCUCCCCAGAAAGGACAAGUUCAGAAGAUAGUACCCAAAAUUGUUUAUUUUAAGCAAAGGAAGCAUCAUUGGAAUUACCCUGAUGUCAAAUCAUAUUUAAAAUGCACUAGAGAGGUACCUACCUGACACCUAUCACUUAAUGAAUUCCCUUAGAAGCAAUUAGCCCUUAAUUUAUUUUCUAUGACAAUUUGAAUUUCCACAAAGCCUUUUAAACUAUGGGUUUUGUUGUAUUGAUUACCCCCUAUAGCUGGAAGCAGAAAGAAUUAGGGCUGCCCUAUUAGCUAACUUAGUGUGCUCCAUGCUCACUUUUCUUUGACCUUUUCUUUUGAUCUAUAAAUAUUUUUAAAUUCUUCCUGACCAGCACAAGCAAUGCUAUUUUAAAGUGAAUGGAUGUUAGCCAAAAUGUUCUUGAUUGGUUGAUAAUGUUUUUGUGAUUUUGUGUAUGUCCUCUGCUGUGUGGUCAUGGGUGUUACUACUUUCAAACAUCAUUGAUAUUUUGUAAAAGUGUAUUGUCAAUAGACAUUUGAAUGUUGCAUGUUGCCCAAAGGGAUUUCAUGUCUAAAGAACAUACACUAUUAAUAAAGUGAUUUAGAAGAAGAUAUUGGCUUGGCUUUAGAUAAAACUGAGGCAAGAAAAAUGUAAAAGCAUGGUAUGGAAAUAAACAUACUCUUGUUAAA